GCAUUAAUAUAGUACACAGCAAUCGGUAGGAAACAUGGCCCGCGACCCACCGCAUGUGAAGCUUUAUAGGCAUAACGGUGAUCCUUAACACCCUAAGCUGUAGCUAGUACAGACGUAAUAUACAGAAGCAAACAUGGCCCCAAAGUCUCAAGCCAACGCAGCCCCGCAGGUCCGCCUUGACCUGCCAUGGGCCUUGGGAACCCUUGCGAACUCCGAUACGGACGCGGGGCAUCUCCUUCAGGCGCUUAACUUCUUGCUGGCCUUAGACCUGUCUCCACAUCAGCAGGACUUGGACGUUGGCGUGCAGCUGAUUACACUGGUCACACCGCAUACAGCGGCAUCUGAUACUCAAGUCAAUGCUGCCGCCAUAAAGAUGCUGACCCGGCUGGUAGCUGAGGGGCGCGGGGCGCUGCGUGAGGCCUUCAGGCAGCCAGCUAGCCUGCAGGCCCUAUGGUCGGUGCUGUCCGACUUCCACGCCGUCUUCGACGACUACCUGGUCCUCCUGGCCACCAUGCUGGCGGAGGCGGCGGACCCGGGGCUGGGGGGCGCGGGCGGCGGGCGCGGCACCGGGGCGGGCGGAGGAGGCCCCGGAACAGCGGGCGGAGGCAGGGAGGAGGCGGGCAGGAGGCCGGUGAAGGGCACGCCGCCACCGCCGGUGGACCCGGAGAGCAGCCUGCCGGGUCCCAGCAAGUACGCGCUAGAGGCGGUGCUGGUGGCCCUCAGUGCCGCGAUGGGGGCUGGCGGCGGACCCACGGGUCAGCAGGCGGCGGCGGCUGCCGAGCAGGCACUGCUGGAGGUGGUGGGGCGGCGCGUGGGGCCGCUGGUCACACUGCUGCGGCACAACUCGCUGAGGAUACAGCUCCUGGCGCUGCGCUUCACCCGUCUGCUGCUGCGCUGCGCCCCGCUGGCUGGCUGGCUGGCUGGGGGCGGCUGUCUGGCGGCGCUGACGCAGCUGGUGGGCAGCAGCGGCAGCGGGGCGGUGCGCGAGGAGGCCAUGACCACCGCGUCGCACAUCAUGGCGGCGCAUGCCCCCUCCAUGCAGCUAGCCCUGGAUGCCGGCCUGCCCUCCGCGCUGCUGCACCUGCUGCUGGCGCCCGCCACCGGCCAGGCAGUGCCCCCCGCGCCGCCGCCCUCCGCUCAGCAGCUCCCGCAGCAGCAGCCCCCCGUCACACCGCAGGGAGGCGCCCCCCGCACGCCCUCGGAUGCGGGGGCGCAGCCCGGAGAGGGCGGGCAGCUGAGGCCGGGGUCCUCGUCGGAGGAUGCGGCGGGCGGCUCGGGUGGUGGCGCGGGAGGGGAGGGCGCGGGAGGCGCGGCGGCAGGGGGAGUGGAGGCGGGGCAGCUGGACUUUGCGCGGCCGGUGCAGAGCUCUCCGGAGAAGCUACAGGACCAGGCCGCCCAGCUGCUGCUGCAGCUCUGCCGGCACCACCACGGCGCCUGCCAGCACCUGCUGCGGCUGGGGGCGCUGCAGCUGCUGCUCACCCAGCUGCCCGCGCCGCCCGCACACACCGACCUCUACAACCAGCUGCACAACCCCCAGCACCAACACCACCAGCAGCAGUUGCAACAACAGCCGCAGCAGCAGCAGGGCGGCUUGCAGCGCAGUGGCAACAGCAUGAAGGCUAUCGGAAGCAGGAACCCAAGCGCGUCCGAGGUUCAGCUGCAAGCCCCUCCUCCUCCUCUGCAGCAGCAGCAGCAGUACCAACCACAGCAGCAGCUGCUGCAGGGAGGUCGCAUGUCGCCGAUGCCGCGGUCGCCGGCCAAGUCGCCUGCCAAGGGAAGGCCGGAGGGAUCGGCUGGCGGCGCUGUCGAGGAGGGGGACGAGGAGGAGGAGGAGGAGGUGGUGGAUGAGGAGCAGGAGACGAGGAAGGAGCAGCGUGCUAGGGAGACCUGGCAGCCUUUCCUGGAGGGGCCUCCCGCGCUGCCGCUGCCCGGCUGCCGCACCCCCACCCCCUCACACAACCUCCAGGCCACGCUGCUGCUGCUGCUAUCCUGCCUGCUGUCCGAGCCGGGCGUGCAGCAGCACUGGUGGGCGGUGGGCGGCUGCCCCGCGCCCCCGCACCUGGUGCCGCUAUUCCACUUGGGCCGCCAGCCGCCGGCACCGCCACCGCCGGCACCGCGGUCUGAGUCAUCGCAAAAGGAGACCAUCGCGCCCAACCGUCGCAGCAUCGUCGCGCCGCCGCCUCCCCCGCCCCCGCCCGACCCCACCCAGCCGCCCUUCCCCGCCCACGUCCGCGCCGCCGCGCUGCAGUGCCUGCUGCAGCUGCUCAAGCAGCGCCGCUGGCUGGCCGCAGCGCCCUUCAUGGCCGCCCUGCAGGACACCCUGCGCUCCCCGGACUCUUGGGGACCCGAGAUGGUCGCUCCCCUAGCGGAAAUAUUGCAACGAAUUGCGCAGGCGCGGAGGCCGCGGCCCAAGGCAGCUUCUGCCGCCGCGGCUGGCGCCGUACCGGCGCCUGAGGCGUCCGCGGCGGCGGCGGGUCCGCCGCCGCCGCGGCAACGCCCCUGCUUCCCUGCACCCCCAUCCACCUCAGCGCUGCUCCCGCCGCCUCCUCCGCCGCCUCCCCCUCCUGCAACCCACAUCCUCUCCAGCGUCAUGAGCCUCUCCUCCAUGUCGAUCGGCUCCGGUCCCAAGGAAGACCCCGCCGCCGCCGCUGCCGCCGCCGCUGCUGCCGCCGUCGCCGCCUCCGCCAGCGCCACCGCCGGUCUGGCGGAGGAGGAGCUGAGUGACGAGGAGCUCCUGGCCGCCCUCAAGGCACUGGCGGCGCUGGCGCGCCGCGGUAUCAGCCCCUGGGCGACCUCCUCGGUGGCGGCGGCGCUGCUGACGCUGCCGCAAACGGCGUUGUUCGCGCCGCCGUGGCCGCCGCUGCCGUCGCCGCCGCCCACGCCGCCGCCGCCGCCGCUGCCGACGUCGCAGUACCUGUGGGACGCGUUGGGGCGGCCGGUGAUGACGGAUGGGGUGAAGCUGAUGCACCUGUGAUGGGCCCCGGGGAACUGGUUAGGAAGCGGUGGAGGAUUGGGAAGCGGUGUUGGCGGGGGUGUAGGUGGUUAUAAGGACUACACAGAGCCGUGUGGCUGUGGUCACCUGGUAGCCUACGCGGCUCUGGGGAGCUCGUGUCAAACGGUCGUAAGUAGCCUCAGCGUCUGGGUCGUGUGAGGGGUCGUCGCCGGCAGAGACUCAGCACCGAGGGUGGAUACUGAAACCUGUUAGGGAGCGGUUGGAAAGGGUGGCUUGCUUAUGACUUGUGGCAUGCCUGAAAGCCACUCUGUUUACUCAGGAUUGGCUCAUGGGAACAAGUACACCAGUAGCGGCAGCGGUGGCUGCACCGCGUUGAAUCUUGUAAACUACAAAAGCAG